CUUAAUUGGUAAAGACUUAAGGGAACGACAAUAACCAUCGGCAUCUGCAUCUCGCAAUCGAUCCUUACCUAACCUAGAUGGUGACCUAAACUAGUCAGAAAAUAACAGAGAAUUCGCAAUCGAUCCUUACCUAACCUAGAUGGUGACCUAAACUAGUCAGAAGAUAACAGAGAAUUCGCAAUCGAUCCUUACCUAACCUAGAUGGUGACCUAAACUAGUCAGAAGAUAACAGAGAAUUCGCAAUCGAUCCUUACCUAACCUAGAUGGUGACCUAAACUCGUCAGAAAAUACCGGAGAAUUCGCAAUCGAUCCUUACCUAUUCUAGAUGGUGACCUAAACUAGUCAGAAAAUAACAGAGAAUUCGCAAUCGAUUCUGACUUGAACUUAUGCGAGAAAAAGAUAAACAUUGUAAGUCUGUAGCCAGUCUGAAGACAUGUCACAUACCGCACAAAAUAGUAGAGAUAACUCAGUUCGCCGCGGAUGCGAAUUGUCCAUGAUCUCGUAUAUCCGAGGUGAAGGUUAAACGAGAACCCUUCAGGGGCUGAACGAUCUCGCACGGACCUCGACCACGAAUUUUUUAGAUUCGUAUUUGACAGAGAAAAAUAUGCGUAUUUCGUACACUUGAAAGUCAAGUGAGUAUUGCAUCAUUACCUAUGCUGUACAGCCAGAUCUGCUCACGUGAAAAUAUGAGUAAUUUCAUAAUCCGUAAAAACGGAAAAUUUUAAAUGUUUAUCUUCAACAAAAAUAUAUAAUCAACGAAUAUUUUAUAAUCAUCAUUAAGCAUACAGUCUUAAAAACUUUAUUCAAAGAUAUCAAUAUUUACUUUUGAAGUUUCUUUCUCUUCAAGCAAGGUAUCUGCAACGCUUUUCACUCCUUUUUCUUAUAUGAUCUUGUACUUUUUUACAUUACUGUUAUCUCUCUUAGCGUGUUUGAUUUUAAAAACAUUAUAGUAAAUAAACUGAUCACAUCAAAAUAUGAAACAAAUUUUUUCAUGUUUAUCUUCUACUUUUUUAACUUAUACAACGGUAAAAUUAGUCUCAGUGCCAAAUACCAAAGUAGCACUUAUUCAUCGUGUCAUUCAAUUAGCCGUUCUUAGCUAUACCAUACUUUAUAUUAUAUAUUGGAACAAAGGCUAUCAAACAAUUCAACGACCAGAAGGGAUAUCUAUCAUCAAAAUAAAAUAUAAUAGUACAGGUAAAGAAGGUGUAAAUAAUAAUCUUUGGGAUUCCGCGCUACAUUCAUUUCCACCAUUGGAACAUAAUGCAUUUUUUAUUGUCACCCGACAAAUAUUUGGUCCAGUUGAUGGUGAUAAUUCAAAUGAUACUCAGGAAAUUGACACGCGUAUUGUUGAAAAUGAUUUGGAACGAUUAGGAGCUAUUCACUGA